AACCAACGAAGUAGUAAUCCUACUUUAGAAACCAAAUGCGUGCGUCUCUGAAGUUCUUCGCAAUUUCUCUACACCUCUAUUUCUCUACGCAAAAAUCCACAACAAUUUGCAAAUCUCCCAAAUUCUAGGGUUUUCUCUCUCCAAUUUCAGGCUUCUGUGAUGUCGAUUACUUCUCAACUUCACGCCCCGACUGUUCGUCCGGUCACCAUACCGUUUUCCGACAUCCAAGAUAAGAAUGAGGAUUUGUCAGCGUUGAUUGCAGAAGGUUUUGGACCUAAUGGCCUUGGGAUUAUCUCCAUUACCAGUGUUCCAGGUUUUUCUUCAUUGCGCCAGACUCUGCUGCGUCUAUCAACCAAAUUAGCCAAACUUCCAGAGGAAGAGAAGAAAAAACUUGAAGAUCAUGAUAGCAGGUACAACUUCGGUUGGAGUCAUGGAAAAGAGAAGCUUGAAUCUGGGAAGCCUGAUAUGUUAAAAGGAUCCUUUUAUGCAAAUCCUGUAUUAGAUGUGCCGACGCUGGACCAAACCCUCAUUCAAAGAUAUCCAGCAUAUUGCGGGCGUAAUAUUUGGCCUCAGAGUACUUUGCCAGAACUAGAAGUUGCAUUUAAAGCACUUGGAAGGAUAAUGCUUGAUGUUGGCCUGAUGGUGGCAUAUCACUGUGAUCGAUACGUAUCUGAAGGCAUGAAAGUAGGAGCAGAUGAAGGCCUUGAACAUAUAAUUCAUCGCUCUCGCUGUCAUAAGGGACGGCUACUUUACUAUUUCCCGACACAGGAGAGUGAUCAUUUGAAAAGCGACUCAAUGUCUUCUUGGUGUGGAUGGCAUACUGACCAUGGUUCCCUUACAGGUCUUACAUGUGGCAUGUUUUUGAAAGACGGAAUUCAAGUAGCUUGCCCUGAUAGAGCUGCUGGUCUUUAUGUAAAGACCAGGAAUGAUGAAAUCGUCAAGGUUGUGUUUGGAGAAGAUGAAAUAGCAUAUCAGAUUGGUGAAACUACUGAAAUCCUAUCAGGAGGCUAUCUUCAUGCCACGCCACAUUGUGUCCGGGCACCGAGUGGAAAGGGGGUAUCUGGUCUUGAACGGUCGACUUUUGCAUUAUUUAUGCAACCUGAUUGGAGCGAAAAGCUUAAAUUUCCAGAAAAUAUCCAUAUUCACAAAGAGUUGAUUACUUCAAAUAGUACUCUCACUUUUGGAGAGUAUUCGGAGAAGCUUUUGGACAAAUACUACCACCUUAAAGCGUGAAGAACUUAUGGCCGCAGGGCAGAGGUAAAUACAUUUAGGGGCUUAGGGCAUUAUUCAACUUCCACACUUCAGGGUCUCAUGAGUUAUGAGUUAUGACUUAUGAGUAUAUCCUUCAAGUAUAGACUUAAAUAAAUGUAAAUGCCAAAGUACUGAACAUGAUAUUGUUACUUAUCUUAUUAUAUAGAGUUAAUCAAGUUCUAAAUUCACAUCUA